AUGCCAGUCAGUGUGUGCUAUCCAGCAGGAACCAUGACGCAAGAAGAAUUGUGUUCACUGCCUGCGGAGGUUGGGCCGUGCAGGCGGGGCAUUCGUAACUACUACUACAACCAGAAACGAGCCAGUAUCCUGCACCCUACCACAAGACCCCGGCAACUGUUUGAAAUCCAUGUUCGCUGGUUUUACAACAUCCGCACCCAGCAGUGCGAGCAGUUCAACUACACUGGUUGCCUUGGGAACCCCAACCGAUUUGAGGAUCUUGCCAUCUGCGAGGAACG